AUGAAUCCAUCAAUUACCAUUAUCGACGUGUCACGAGUCACACCUUCAAAAGCUGACUCGUCCAUGACUCUCCCACUCACCUUCUUCGACCUUCUCUUGUUCAAAGUCCACCCCGUGGACCGAGUCUUCUUCUACCGACUCCCCGACGCAACUCGCACUCUUCUCGACUCAGUCAUCGUCCCCAAACUCAAAUCUUCUCUCUCCUUAGCCCUCUCUCACUACCUCCCACUCGCCGGCCAACUCGUAUGGAACUCAGACGAUCAUAAGCCGAGCAUCGUCUGCUCCACAAACGACGCCGUUUCAUUCACCGUCGCCGAGUCAAACGCAGACUUCUCCCAGUUAACCGGAAACGAACCAUUCCCCGCCACACAGCUGGACCAAUUCGCCCCGGAGUUACGUGUCACCGAAGACUCAGCCGCCGCCGUGUCGUUCCAAGUCACGCUGUUCCCAAACCAAGGGUUUUGCAUCGGCGUAAGCGCACACCACGGCGUUUUAGAUGGAAAAACGACAUCCAUGUUUCUCAAAUCAUGGGCCCACACAUGUAAACAAGCGAACGAUUCUCUACCGGAGGAUCUAACCCCUUUUUACGAUCGUACGGUCAUAAAAAGUCCACCGGAUGUCGACACCCAAAUCUUGAACGGUAUGAAGAGACUCGCUCAAAUGAUGGCCGGCGGUAAAGAACCAGACAACCCUAAAAACCUGAAGAUUUUAAUAACGCCGGAGAACAGUCAGGACAAAUUCCGAUUCACAUUCGCGCUCAGUCGCGAGAAUAUCCAAACGCUUCGCGAGAGACUCAAGAGAGAUUCGUCAUCGGAUUCCAAGCAGCUCCACUUGUCGACGUUCGUGAUAGCGUACGCUUAUGCUUUCACUUGCUUCGUCAGAUCAAGAGGCGGUGACCCGAAUAGACCCGUCGGGUAUAGAUUCGCUGUGGAUUACCGAGGCCGCCUAGUCGAUGUUCCGUCGAGUUAUUUCGGAAACUGUGUCUCGACUAUCUAUAGCGAUCCGUUGACGGCGGCGACUUUUAUGGCUGAAGAUGGGUUUCUGGCUGCUGCGAGAUUGAUCAGUGAUUCGGUUGAGGAGGUGGAUGUGAAUAUGGUUUGGGAUAUUGUGGAGCUUGGGAAAAAGCAGUCUGCUACUCCAUUCGGGUCACAGGCUUUGUAUGUUGCCGGGUCGCCCCGAUUCGGAGUAUACGGAUUGGAUUUCGGGUGGGGCAGACCGGAGAAAGUGGAUGUCGUGUCGAUCGGUCAAGGCUCGAUAUCCAUGGCGGAGAGUGGAGACGGAAGCGGAGGCGUGGAGAUUGGCUUCUCUCUCCAGAAACACGAACUGGACGUUUUGAUUGAUUUGCUCCGCGACGGAUUGAAGAAUUAA